AUGUCGUUCACGUUUAUUCGCUUCAUACCGUGCAUCUCGAAUUCAUGGAUUUCUGAAGACUUCAUGGCAAACAAUGACUGUCCUGGGAGUGUUGCUUCAUCAUCCACGACUUUUCAAGUUUUUUCUCCGCCGAUUGGGUUGCGUAGGAGCUACUGUUCCCCUCCGCAAAAACCUUCAAAUAUUCCCUCGAAAGAAACUCUAUUUCGAGUGGAUUGGUUGCUCGAACACGUUACGCCUGGAAUCCUGAAAUCGAGGUUGAAGCCAUUUUUUGACAUUUGCUUAGAAGAUGUUUCUUUCGAAGAUAAACUUUACAACUACAAGCUUGCUCGAAAAUCACAAUUGCUCAUGCAUAUUGCUAAGAUAAGGUUAUACUAUCGUUACUUGUCGCCGUUCAAUAAAGUAGAGAGAAUAGGUUCUUGUAUUUAUGAGAACGAGGAUGUCAUUGUUUUAUUGUGGCGAUUGAGUACGUUGGAGUCAAAUUUCUGGACAUAUUUCCCUUCAUUUAUUACUAAAAAAGAGCCUAAAGUAAUAACAAUUGAAGGGGCUCUGGAUAUCCAUGUUAAUAGUGAGGGUUUCAUCUAUAAGAUUGUCAAUAGAAAGAUAACGGCAUCGGAUCGUGAAGGAGCUAAGGUUAUGGAAACUAUUAAAGCAGAACAGGAAGAACUACGAAGUAAAGCUGAAGCGAAAGAACUCCGUCGUCUAGGAGAGCAGUUAGUUGAAGAGGAGAAGCAGCGAGGAACACUUUAG